UAUGAGCACGCCUUCCCGCUAUGUCGGCUAAAUGCAUACACUUAUAUUUAGAUGUUUUUAAACGAAAAGAUGGCUUGGAAAAACAAAGGCUCCCCUCUUCCUCCAGCUUCUCUCCAUCUGCUCGUCCCUCCAGUGAGACUGAUGUCUGCUUUCAUAUGGCAAGUAGUGCAGCAGCACAGCGUGAUGCAGUACGACAAGCUGGUGGACUUCAUCAGUCUGGCUACAGAGAUCGUCCCAGAGCUGCUCAGCCCCGGUCAGAGGGCUCAGCUCAUCCUGGGCCUGAGAGCAAGGCUGGUUCUGGAGUUGUGUCGAGGUGAUGGCGUUGCCAACCUGCAGACCAUCCAGAGCCACCUGGAUAAAAUCCACGCCUGCAGCGCUGAGCUGAGCUCCACUGAUCAGAUGGCCAGUGGUGACAUACUGAAGACCUCUUACAUCAACUUUGCAGGCCUGGUUCAAAACCUACUAAAUGUUCCUUUUGAAAAGGAGUUCUUCUUCCAAGAGGUGUUUCCCACAAACUACGGCUCAAACUAUGACCAAAGACUGAAGCAGCUGGUGUCUGACUUCCUGUCCAGACUGGAGCAGCUGCUGCCCACACCAGACCUGCAACAGACAGCAGCAUGGCUCACUGAAACAACAUCUGUGUCAGAAGAAUUUGGACAGCAUCUGUCUGAACCGUUUGCCCUGAAGAGUCUGCUGCUUCAUCACAGACAGUCAGGGACUCUCAGCACUGCUCCUUCCAGCACUGAGGACGAUAUCCUUUUGUCCACUCUGGCCCUCCCUGCUCAAACUGGAAUGGAGAGGUUCACUGAGCCUUACAGUGAAGACGAUGAUUAUGACAAUGAGGAAGAGACCCUGGCAUUGGAAGAAUUAGAAGGAGACUCGAGUCAAAGCUCAGACGUCACUGCAGAUGAUUUGUUGCCAAAAAGGGAACCAGGUCCUCUGUCACGUUUAUUCAUCUGCCCUCAGUGUUCAUUCACCCACCGCAUAAAGAGGAAGGUACAAGAGCACAUCCAGUGUGAGCACCACGUAAGAGCUCCCUGUCAGAAAAAACUAUCUGUGAAGAAAGCCAUAGCAAAGACUCAGCAGAAGAUUAAAGACUUUAAUGAUGAAAAGAAGAAACUAGAAGGCAAGUUACAGAAUAAGAGGAAACACAAACAAAAAUGCAGGGUUGAAAUAAAGCUUGAACGUAAGCAGAAGAAGGACAACUUAGAAAACAAGGAACAACUUAGACGGAAAGACCCCACGGGGGAAGACAAAAGGUUUCUGAGCAUGCGACCCGUCAACAAAAACUUCACAGAGGAAGAAACUAAAUGCCUGAAGUGUAAAAAGGUUUUUGAACUUCCAAAUCAACUGAAGACUCACAUGAAGCUCCACAGCUUCCCGUACUGCUGCACCCAAUGUGAGAAGGGGUUCACCAGCCCUUCGGGUUAUUAUCAGCACCAGAGGCUCCACAAGAGAGGACGGAUAUUUGUCUGCAGCCAGUGCAACAAGGGAUUCCUGUGCAACUAUUCGCUCAGGCAACACGAACGCCUGCACGAAGGCCCCACCAACCUGUGCACCAUCUGCGGGAAGAGCUUCAGCAAAGCAGGAAUUACAAGACACAUGCAGAUGCACAAAGGGGAGAAGAAUUACUUGUGCACCACAUGCGGGAAGUCCUUUUUGUCCUCCGGGGAGCUGCUGCUGCACACCCGGUCCCACACGGGCGAGGUGCCGUACACGUGCACGCACUGCGGGAAGGGUUUCUCCAGCAAGAGCCACCUUAACGUCCACACGCGCUCUCACACGGGGGAGCGUCCGUACCUGUGCUCGGAGUGUCCCAAGCGCUUCCUCACGCUGAACUGCCUGAAGAGACACACGCUCAGCCACAACGGGGUGAAACCGUUCAAGUGUCCAAACUGCGAGAGAGAAUUCUCCCAGCAGGGGAAUCUGAAAAGACACCUGGCAACUCAUAAGCCUGACACGUGAAUUAGACACAACGUUGGAGAGCAGAAUGUAGUCCUAAUUAAUACCCUACCUAAAUAAAUGUUAAUUUACACAAAACACUUAAGUCAUAUAGUUAUUAUAGAGUAAUCAGCAGCAAUGAUUGGACAGCAACGUAUUUGAAAUCCCUCUUAUCUGCUUUGGUUUCUUAAUUAGAUAAGUUACCAAACUAGUUCAUUUUAGCAGCUGAUGACAGUCACCAACACUAGUGUCAUUGUUUAG